AAUAGUAAAUAGUUCAAAUGACUUCACAAAUAAAAUAUAACCUAAGUUUUACCUCAACAUUAACAUGAAUUUGUAACUUACUUUCGAACGGAACUUUUACUAUUGUUUUGAAUUAAUUCGUUCAGUUUAAAGCAAAAAAAUAGCAAAAUGGGCAAAUACAUUCCAGUAAAAAAUAUAAUACCACCAAAACGACGAAAACCUACAGAUAAAAAUCAAAAAUUAAGCCUUAAGAAAAAGCUUAGAAAAAUAACAAAAACCUUAAGUAAAAUUGAUGAAAAGUAUAAAGUUAUUAAACCUGAACGUACCUAUAUUAUAAGUAAAUCACCCAAACCUAAAUCGAAGACAGAAACAUCUGGUACUUUAACUUACCAUUUGAAUAACUAUGAGCUACUGCAAGCAGAAGCAAACAAAAUCUAUGAAGAUUAUAGUAAAAAAGACCUACAUUCACAGACAAUAGAUGAAAUAGCUUUGGAAGGUUUGGAUGGUAUAACCAUAGAGGCACUGUGGAAGCGAUUGAUGGUGUCCUUUGAUAACACAAUCUUUACCAAAAGUCUCCAAAACGACAUCUGGGCAACGAUAUGUGUGAACAGUAACUUAAUGUUUUAUGAACUGCCAGAACCCAGGCCUGAAUUGGUGAUUUGCGACAAGUUUCAGUAUGAUUUUGACUCCACCCAAUGUGUGGAAGUGACUGGAGACCAAAACGACGACAUUUAUCCGUACGGGUUGGUAACCAAUGAGGCAGUUCGGGGCUCAUGCAAAACUUUUUCUCAAAGGGUGAACAUCACCAACACUGUUAGAGGAUUAACUCUGGAGCAGGCUGUAAAGACGUAUGGCAAUAAAUUAGUGAUAGUGGCAGAUCAAAAAACUCGAGAAAAUUCCAUAAUUGAUGAAGGUGCAAAUCCCCAAAGCGAACUUUUAGACGUCGAGUAUGCUAUUUUGGAACGCAUUGGGCGCAGCAGAUAUGCUGGAGAAUGCACAAGGGGCAACAACUCCCUUGUUACCAUUAUUAGUGACCCAAAAACUCUUUUUCAUUAUCAAAAAAAUCUGUUCUACAACAACAUGAUAUGCAAGCAAAACUUUACAUUCAAAAAUUUAGACUCUGAACAACUAAAAAAUGGACGUCUGCUGCAACUGAUGCGGUUCUACAACUUGCGUAAAACGAAACGGGUACAAAUCAUGGAGGAGCUGUUCAGGUUGUUGAAGAGCAAGCCAAACGGCAAAAUCGAGUACAGCGAGGUGAGGUCAGUGUUCCCCAAACAAAUGAUGCCGUCUGUUAUCAGGGUAAUAAAAUCCGAAGCGUUCAGGGAACACGUCAAAACCGACCAACUUGCCAAAUAUAGGGAGAUGCACCCCCAGGCCAGCGUCAGAGAGUGGCGUUGCAUGGCGAAGAACAAGGAGAAGUGCGUCCGGGUGUUGGAGCUCAAGGACCCGAGGAGGAACAUCCUAGCCACCUGGAACAAUUCCGACGAUUCAGACGACGAAACUCAAGUUGAGGAAUAUACAAUUGGACACAAAGUAUUCAAUUCUGACACCACCUUUGAGGUUUACAAGUUUUGCCUUAGUAAGGGGAAGGAUGGGGUUCUGUUGAAUGACAUUAUUUCUUCCCUGGAAAUGGAUAUUUAUAGUGUGAGGCUUAUUUUAAAAAAGUUAAUGCACUUGGACUUGAUUGUAACGGAGAAGCACGACAGUGGCAAACAGCGUUAUCUCAAGUAUGUGGGGAAAUGUUUCUCAAAUGAUAAGGUAACUGUGAACCUGGAGCCUUCACCUUUGCCCCCAAGGAAAGCAUCAGUUUUGGAUAAACUAAAAGCAAAGCAAGCUUUGGCCUUACAAAAAGCCUCAAAGGAUCAAAUUUAUACCCUAGAACAGCGUGAGCUGGACAGACUAAAAAUAGAAGACGACUUUAAAACAAUCAAAGAUCUCCCUGCUGGAAUUCAAAUCAGGAGGCUGGUGCCAUUUAGACAAGACUUAGAGAGACAACCACCAGGUACUUACGUCGCUCACUUUGUUAACGAAGGCAAAACAUUCACAAUUAGGCUGAGUUUCAAACAGUACGUGUCAGUACUUAAGCCGAAACUCAACGACAUUUUACAGGAACAACCAAUUGAACCUUUUGAACUAGUAAAAGCUGCGAAUAUAUUACAUGAGUAUGUUGAGUUAAGACACAAGGACUUAGCCACUAAAAUGCUCCUGCUUAAGCUAAUGAUGAAUGAAUUAAACAGCAACAAAUCCGAAUUUUACUUAAAAUGUAUAGAAGAGAGCCUAAAAAGUAAGAAAAACUUAAACGAAAUAAUAGUAGAAAUGGCAAGGAAAGAUGUAAGUGUUGAGCCUAAAAAAUUAACGGCCACACCUCAGUUGAAACCUCCUUCCAUCCCCAAGACUGCCUUCAAUUACAUGGGGCCAAACCCUGUAAUAAUUACGGACGAUGUUAAUGCUGAUGGGGUGAGGAUUUUGUUGGAAUUGUCCACGCCACCAGCCGAAUACAGGUUGGAGAAUUCGGUUUAUGUGCCCUGCGAAACCUUCACCAGUCGUUCGUUGUCCAGGCUCAAUUUAGUUUUGAGCCACGUCAAGAAGGAGAGGAUCAUGGAGGACGCCCCGAAAAUGGGGAAGAUUAUUGAAAAAACCGAGGCGGAGGAAGGAUAUGAUAAAAAAAUUGACAAGAAAUCGGUAUAUCGGAUUUUCAAAAGGUUGAUAGAGGAGGGCUACAUAAAAAUCUUCAAGCUGACGAUGAGCAACGACAGGGUCCUCAAGUGGCAAACCUUUCUGUGUGACCUGGACGUGGAGAGUGACCAUCCGGUGAUCAAAUCGUGCAUUGAUCAGUUUACUCUCAAAUUUUUCAUGGGGACGAGCAACAGGAAGAGACCUGCUGAUGAAUCGUGGGUUAAACCGUCGCCGGCCAAGAAGCCGGCCCUCUCCGCUAGCGCUUUCAGUUCCGAAGACGUCAAGGCGAGUAUCCAGCAGUUCAACAGUGCCAGCGAGAAGAACGUCCUGCCACCCAACACCUACAAGCACGAUACGAGGGUGGGACAAAUCUAUGGAUAUAGGCCCAAGUUCAUUCGUCUGCAAAUUUUGCACGAAUUCCUACAUUAUUUACUGUGCUUCUCCAAGGCUAAAGAACGAUUAAGUCAGGAACGUGUUAAGGAGUUGUUCAAGAGACACAAAAUUGAACUCACAGAUCAGGAAUUGGUGGACAUGCCGCCCAUGUACGUGGACGAAAUCAGCUGGAUGAGCUUCGUCCAUCCCCUGCCCAAGCACAAAGGGUGGGGUGAAAGGUGGACUUUAAUAGCUGACGUGGUGCUAAGACUGCCUUUGAGCUUAUUCGUCAAGAUCCACAAUGUGUCCUACCACGACCAACAAUUGGUGGAACUGCUACAGCAUCCAGUUAAAAGACAUUUCUUGAUCACAUCCCUGCCAGAUCAUAUUAAGAGUCUACUAUUCCACAAAAGGAAGUACUUGUACGGAAUCUAUAAUAUUAUUUGUAAUUUGGCGUUCAUCGGUUUGGUUCAGUUUGGGCCACAAAAACAAAAAGAAAAAGAUCAGGUCUUCGUGUAUUUGAACAAAAAUGCAUCGAUUUUGGAUACUACCAGUAGUGAUUUAGGGUACAACAUGAUAAGCGACAAGGAGUAUCCGAAAUUGAGGUUCACCUUUGACACCAUGGAGGAUUUGCACCAAUAUUGGUUCGAAUUGUGGAGGAUUUGCAUGAACACGAAGCUGGGCAGUAGGAACAUUGUUAGUGGCAAGGAAGUUGUAUAUUUAGACAUCAGUGCAAAACCGGAACUAUUAAAAUCCAACAAACCACAAACCAACGAAACAGCACCGUUGUUGGACAAGGGUGAAGUACCGGGAGAUGGAAAAGGGGCAGGAGGCCUGGAUUCAGUUAUGUGGCCACAUAUAGCUCGUAACUGGUUCUGGAUGAGCCGUACUAAAAAGGCGGACGCCGGAAGUGAGCUCACUCUCUUAAAACGUGAACGUUACGACCACGUACAAACCAAAGUCGUGCAGUUCUCGCAAAUGCGCUCAGCGACGUUCAUCGAAGCACGACAACGCAGGAAGAAGAUCCCGCCCAACGUAACGAUGCACCAGGUGACAGUGAGCAAGACGUCGAAGAAGCGUCCUAAAAUCGUCAAGAAAUUCGACGUCGUACCCAAAAAACCGAAGUCCCGAGGCAACGAUCUUUUGGACACGAUGCUGUUGAAAACCUUGGGCAGUACCAGAGUGCAGUGGGACGAAUGUGAGGACAAGUUCCUGUACAUCAAUAAAGCUGUACUGUUGCUUCUUUGUCCAAAGUACCCCAAACGAAACUAUAUACCGUUCACUGUACAACGGGAUGUGUUGCAUCUAUGCAUACCUCGUAGCAGGAAUAAGUGUUCGGCUGCAGUGCGCAGGCGCAUGUACAUUUUGUUCAAGGACGAUGCAGCCUUUAGGUCCAUUGAAAACAGUUACAGGAAUUUGCUGCGCAUUAAGGCGGUUGAGCGAUACUUCAAGCACCCAAUUUACGACAUUGCCCAGCAUGGUCUGGCCAAUAUUAAGGAGAAGCAGGUGCGGAUUUUGUACAUGUUCCUCAUGGCUUAUCUGACCAGGCAUUUAGAUGAUGUACGCGAUCUUCUCUUAGGUACUACCACUAACUUCGAGUAUUAUACCAUAAGUGGCCUGGAAGAAAACGAAGACAACUUCGUGUAUUGUGACGAACCAGGUCCUGGCUACUCUGACGCUCUGACUGAAGAUGAUGUCAUCAAAGAUGUUGCCAAAAGUAUCAUACAUAGUAACUUAGGAUGUCAAGGGAAUCACCCAGCUUGGAUGUACCAAUUGUUCCGCACCUACCAAAAGUACCCUGAGCACAUCCUUCAUCUCGCAGUUGAGGAGCUAAAACUGCAACAGUUGGUGACAUUAAAGCCCACAUCUCUGACCAAAAGCAAGAAGAAAAACUGGGACAGUCCCUUUCGUUUAUCAUCCUAUUAUAUUUUUAUGCAAGCCUGUACGUUUUCAACGACAGCAGUACUGGAGGCAGCCAAGACAUACGUAAAUGCGGUCAAACGACGUCAACAUCCGGACUUUUCUGUAGCUUCACUGGAGGUUAAGAAAUACGGGCAAAUGUUGGGGUACAAUGAGAUGUUCACGUUCUGGGACAAGUUCGAUUUGGAGUUUUACAUGCCCGAGUACUCGCAAAUCUUAGAUCCGUCGAUACAGGAUCACAGUGUCAUCGAAGAGUUGGCCAAACGACAUCAGAUCAAGAUUAAAAGGACGAUCCAGGAGAGUCAGAAGGAACAAGAGAAACAAAAACAGGUGGGCAAAGAGCCAACGCAGGAAGAGGAAAAACCAGACGCUGACGAAGAAAAGGACAAUACCCAAGCCAAAGCGGACCAGGUGAAUCCGGAUGACUCAAGGGCCGAAAGCCCGGUGGACUUGGGUGUGGAAACCCAGGACGACGAAUCGGAAACAAUAGAUAAACUCCGGUCUUGGGUUACUGAUUGCAUGUCCGCCGAUUUGGAACGAAGAAGUCCUAGUCCGGAGUUCUUUGAAAAAGACGACGGAGAGGAAUUUUCUGUCCGGAUGGCGACACCUGAGGUACCGCAAGUUAGUCACAGAGAAGAUGAAAGACAACUGGUUCCCACUUUGGACGAAAUUAAGACUGCAAUGAUGGAUAACGAUACAAGCACUCAAAACCGACGGAUUCCCCACAUUUCAUCGUUGCUGAACAACGACGAAGAAACUCAGGACAAGCUCAAGAGUCACUUCAUCAAUCAAUACCCACAAAUUUUGGACAUAGUGAUUGAUGAUCUGGACGAGUUUAGGGAUUGUCCAGAGGUUGAUCAGUACUUCAAUAAAGAUAAUCUCAGAAGUAUUUGGAAACAACUACAAAAGGAUAUAACUAUAAGCGAACCAGUCGAACACUGGUCACAUAUUAUUCAUGAAUUCGACAUAGAGUCUGAAGACCUACUGAUCAUGGAAGAUAUAGUUGAGUUUGUAAACAGUGUGGGAGUUUGCGGAGCUUCUUCGUCAGACCUUCGAAACCGGUUUCCUAACACUCCAAAUAAACCUCUAGAAGUACUAAUACAGAUUUUAGUAAAGAAGAACGUGUUAUUGCAGAAAGGUAUUUGCACUCUAAGGUUUGUGCAUUAUGAAUUUAGGGAACACUGGGUGAUUGACACCUUCAAAUUGACGACAGAAGAUCAGAAACUUAUUGAAGACAACAAAGAUUGCCUGACUGAAGCAAAGGAUACUCUUGAGUCUCAACUUAAUCCUGUGGACAAGAAGAAGGUUCAAAUUAUGCCUUGGGUAAAGGUGGAUGGUAGUUUUAACACAGUAAUUUUUCGACAGUGGUUGUCGUGUGUUAUGUCACACGUUUUGGAUAAUCCAAGAACACAUCUGACAAACCUGUUCGAUAAAUACUGUUACGUAAAGCCUGUUGAUUUAUACUAUUUAUUAGGGAUAUUGCAGCAGUUAAAAUGUGUGGAGCUGUACGUGUAUGAAACCCCAGAAUUUGAUUUAUUUUCAGAUAUUCCUGUUGUUACUUACAGAAAGGCAACAAUUUUGGACAACUUUGAGGACAUAUUUCUUGUUGGAAAUACUGUUUCAAUGAUUACUUUAGGUUUAUUUUAUGAACAGUUGGAUGAUGUUAGUGAUUUUAUUUCAUUGAGUUAAUAAAGUAUAGUUGUUUGUUUUA